AUGGAUAAACAGUUUGCAGGGAAGACUGCUAUCGUCACUGGUUCUGGCAAAAGCUUAGGCAUCGGUGCAGCGACGGCGAUAGCUCUGGCGGAGCAAGGCGCAAAUGUCGUGAUACAUUACAGCGCCUCGGAAACGCCAGCACAGGAAGUCGUCACGAAAAUACAGGAGCUUGGAGCAAGCGCUGUUGCAGUCCGUGCAGAUGCUACAGAGCCUGACUUUGGGGCUACAGUCGUUGAGAAAACGCUUCAGGCAUUUAAUACGAAUACGAUCGAUAUACUCGUUAACAAUGCGGCCGUGGCCCCAGUUCAUAAGGGUAUCUCCAAUGUACCUACCGAGGCGUGGGACGAUGUUUAUGGUAUCAAUGUCCGUGCACCGUUUCUGCUCAUCCAGGCGGCUUUGCCCUACAUGAAGGAGGGUGGACGGAUCAUAAACGUGUCCUCUAUCAUUGCUAAACUCGGCCACGAGUGGCUAGCUGUGUAUGGGGCUUCCAAGGGAGCAUUGAAUUCCAUGACGGUGGGCAUUGCCCAGGAACUAGGGCCGAAGGGGAUCACCGCCAAUGUCGUUGCGCCUGGUCCGAUCACGACCGACAUGUCUAUGAGGGGUAGUCCAGUCUUUGGGAAACUGAUGAAUAAUGCUCACAUUAAACGUGAGGGUAGUCCCCGGGAGGUGGCCGAGGCAAUCAGGUUUCUGGCGAGCCCAGGGGCUGGAUAUAUCACUGGUCAGAUUCUGCCUAUCGAUGGUGGCAUCCAUCUGCCGUAA